AUGUCUACCAUGUCUUACGAUCUCGCGUAUCCACUCACGGACGACGGUCCGCAGCCCGUCUCGCGCACUUAUCAAUAUCGCAAAGUGAUGAAGCCGAUGCUCGAGCGCAAAAGACGCGCUCGCAUCAACCGUUGCCUCGAUGAACUCAAGGAGCUGAUGGUCAGCGCUCUGCAGUCAGAGGGCGAAAAUGUCGCUAAAUUGGAAAAAGCUGAUAUUUUGGAAUUAACUGUUCGUCAUCUUCACAAACUUCGCCGUCAACGUCGUCUAUCCCUGAACCCUUCAGUGGAUGCCGACCGCUUCCGUGCUGGAUUUACUCAUGCUGCCAACGAAGUUUCUCGGUGCUUGGCUUCUAUCCCUGGAGUGGAUGUGAGGCUCGGCACACAGCUGAUGACCCACCUCGGACACAGACUAAAUGAUAUUCAGCGCGCAGCCGCCGGCAGUGACACACCUCCAGCCAGCCCUCCCAGCCCAGCACUCUCGACUGUGUCCUCCUCAUCUGGCUAUGUGACUCCAUCACCACCCGCCUCGCCGGUCCCAGUGCACACUGCCGUGCCCCUGGACUGUAGCACGAACAGCUUCCCCAAGACCUUGCCAGUGUGGCGGCCGUGG